UACAAAACAAAUUUACGUACCGUAAUAAUCCUUUAAGAAAAUUCAAAACAACUAGCCUGGGUAGUUACUGAGAAAAAACAAGAGGCCCAAGGGCCACAUUAAUCACUAGUCACCUUUACCAUACUGUUGUUUAGCUAUUGUGCAUUUUAAAAGAUUUUUUUAGCAAUCUUCAUUCCCAUGAUAUAUUUUGACACCAUAUUGUGGCCCUACCGUAGCCUAGCCCUAUAGGGUCACAAUGAAAAGGUGAAAAUAACAGUGAUCAAUCUAAUUAGCUCCUAUAAAGAAUACAAAAUUAUACAGAAUUUCAGAUGAACUUUGGUAAUUAUGUACAUUGAUUAUGUAUGAAUAUGUUUAGUUUAUUCUUUUUACAUUGACUAACUUAGGCACCCUAUAUUUAGACUUCUAUACCUUUAGUCUUUAAAAGUAAAUCCGAACCCAAGUGAUACAAUUGUGAUCUAACCCUUUGAAUUUUAUAUUGCAGCAGUGAUGUUAUCCAUAGUUAUCAAUGAAUAAAAACAAAAGAAAAACUAGGACAUACACAAUAAUUACAUAGGUUUUGUUCGAUUGCAAUGUUAAUGCAAGUACAUAUGUACUACUAUUUUAAAACUAGAUGUGUUGGCAUGCCAUGAAUGCCCCCACCCGCAGUAAAUUCAAAUGUAGGAAAACCAUCAAAGCAAUAUAGCAUCGAAUAUGGUAUUCAGAUUGUAUGUUACACACAUUUAGUACAAUACAGAACUCAACAACAACCCUUUAUAUGUUUUGACAGCCAUAAAAUAAAUACAUUAAUUUUUUUAUGUUUAAAGGAGCACAACUCCAUCAAAAUCAACAAAACUCAAACUAUAUCUAUAACUCAUCAUCUGCAUACAAAGAAUCAGUUCAAUAUCUCAAGGCAUUAAGAAAAAAAUUCCAGAAAAGUGGUUACAACAGUAAUUUUUCUGAGUUAGAGGGGCACAACUCCUUCAAAAAAUCAACUUAAACCUAACAAAACUCGAUCUGAAACUCAUUAAUAUACAUCUGCAUACAAAAAAGUCACUUCAAUAUCUCCAGGCGUUUGGGGGGAAAAGUCCGCAAAACUGGGUAUUGAGGAUGGAGUAAAGGAGGGAAUGAUGGACAAGGAUAAAACUACAUGCUGCAGCCACAAAUUAAGGCAGGACAAUCAAAAUAAAAACAUUUUUGGCCUGUUUGAAUUCAUGCUUUUUCAGAUAUAUUUUGUUUGGUAGCAAGUCCUUGGGAAGACCCUUCUGGUUGACUUGCAUGGUCUCACAUGCCACAAUUUCAGAGAUGGAGGUCACUCAAGAGGUCAGGACUUGUGUAGAAGUUGUCCAUAUACAUUCAAGUUGGAUUCAAAGUAGUUUCUACACAGGUCCAUCAUUACUCUGUGGGAUAAGCCUUUCUCUUGAUUUCCUUCUUUGCCAGUAUGUACAUGUACAGCCAACGCAUCCAACGCGGUAUUUUACAGGUAACUCAGGUAAACCGCGUUGUCAUCGCGGGAUGACUAUCAGCUACCUGUCCCCGUCGUGGUAAUAUUGGUUGAAAAUUCUAUCGGGUUUUGUACUGUAAACAAAUACGAGUUAUCUCCCCAAUGUUAUUUCUGAAUUCAAGGCUUUCGUGUUUAUUAUGAUUAUUUUCUAUAUUGACAAAUUUAUUAAUCUUCUUCAUAUUAUGACAUUAUUAAUAUAUCGUCAUAUUUAUCAUUUUAUGAGCUGAAUGUCAUUUACAUAGAAAUAUUCUUUUUUAAAACAGUUGAAAUGGGAACUGAAACCCCAGAUCAAGUUAUCAAUUUAACGUAAUUAAACUCUCAAAUCUGCGGCGUUUUUCAAAAAAAUAAAAUAAUCAGUUGUAUAAACCAGCUCUCAAUUAAACAAACUGUCAAUGUUUGAAAAAGGUGGCAUCGUUAGUUUUGCCUCUUAAUUGCUUUGAAAUUGUAAUUAUGAGCACCUUGAUCAUGUAGUUGUACAUGUAAUUACGAGCACCGACAUGUUGUUAUAACAAUCACUUUGAUAAUGAUAAUGAGUUGGUGAUGUCCAGAUGAGAUUAGUUUUGCCAAAGUUUCCAAAGUGGACAGAUCGUAAUCAGUGUCAAUUUCAAGUUGGUCAUCAUGUCUAGAAAACUAGCACCGCGUACCAUGCGAUUGGAUUCACAUUUCAUUGUGCGUUAUUUGUGUGACGAUGAUAUGCAAGUGCGAAGUCGUGCUUAUUUCAAGUGUGAUGCAGAUUCUGUUAUUUCUGAUGGGGAGACGUACAGUGUGCAAUGGGGACGACCGAAAGAAGUCAACGAGGCCAUUGUUCUCCAUUCCGGAACCGAGCAGGAGAUGCAACUGAAGUUGAAUGAGUUGAUGAGACAAUUGCCAAGACCAGUAACACCACCCGCUUUGUCAUCCCCCUCCUCAUCGACAUCUCCACAGUCACCAUCCCCACCCCAAUCUCCACGGUUAGAGACUCCUCCCCCAAAACGAAGGAAAAUUUCGCAAGCUUUGACAAAAUCGGGAAAGCCAAAAGCCACGGUUAUUGCUGUAGGUGCAUCGCCUCUAACAAGUCAACCUGAUGUGGAGUUGGAACUUCCACCCACCAGUGAGGUUCAAACCAUACCGACCGUCCACGGCGAAUGAUGACUUUAAAGUGGCCUUAAUGAAAGAAAUGGCGGAAAUGCGGCAGUCUAAAGAUCUGUUACAGAAGAAGACGGAUGCGGCAAAUCGCCGAGCGUCAGCUUGCGAAUCGCUGCUGAGGACUGUUCUUGGGAACACAAACGUCAUUGUCAACAUUGCCAGGAACAUCAAAACGAAAAAAAAACCAGCAAGUUGCCAGCAGCGAUAACAAUACCGUGUGCGAUGUAUUUGCUGAUGUUCCAGAAGAGUUCCAGAUAACAGAAUCGCGACUCAGAGAAAUACAACGGGAUUCAAAAAAUGCCGGCAACUUUGCUGUAAACCUUGCACGAAAACUCUGGCCUGAACUAUUCGGGGAGGGGAAUCUACGCUGGACAUACAACUGGUAUGGCGGAGGGAAACAUAACAAGCAAGAACUGGACCAAGUAAGGAAGACUGCACUCAAAAACUAUGUUUGCUAUUUUUAUCCAGAGUUCAAACCUGAGGACGUUUGGAGAGAGAGGAUUGUGACGAGGAUCAACGAGUCACUCCGAAGAAAUGACAAACGAAGCAGGAAGGAGAGUGCAAAUACAAGUCUGUUGGAUUUAUCCAUCCCGACAGCCGAACCAGCUUGUCCUGACGACGUGUACGAUUUCACAGACUAAGACAUCGUGCUGUCAAGUGUGAAUAUCAUGCCCAUGUAAAUGCCCAUGUAAAUACACACAUUUUGUAGAACAGUAGAGAAAAAUGCACAUACAUGUAUACUCAGCUUUAUUAUUAUUAUUAAAUUAUGGAAAAUGAAAAUAAUAUAUAUAAUAUAUUGUCAUUAUUACUACAAUAGGCUAAGUAAUGGUUAUCUUCUAGCAUCCGAGUAAUAUUUACAUUAUCUGAUAGAUGUGCAGUCCGUCUGUCACAAAUUUUUUCAGGAAUUUACUUCUAUACAUGUAUUUGUACAAAUGUUUUAAGAAAACAUGUAUAACACAAAUAUUAAAGUAGGAAAAGGAUUAAAGAUUUGCAUUAGCAAACUCUUUUUUAAAAUGAGAGAGAGAGAGAGAGAGAGAACACUAUUUAACAUUACUGACUUUAUCGAAUCAAGUCUGUGUAUUUGAAAACUUGGGCGCGCGGCUUGAUAGGAAGCAUUAUGCAACCAUAAAGGCACAAGGGUGAUCUUCACAUUGACUUGAAAUACAUUUACCACCAAAAUGUGCGUUUGUCAACGGAGAGAAUGAAUUAUACAACUAAAAUGUAUUAAUACAAAUACGAAAUCAAUGUUUGGACAAAUUCUUUUUAAGUUUUGUGAGUUGCACCCACUCUCUGCACAAUUUUAAAAUAUUACUUGUGCUUGUCAAGAAUCUUAGACAAUUGUAAACUGAAGUCAUCUCCUCUGUCCCGCCCCUUUACCACACUUUACAGCUGUAAAAUCCGGAGGUUCGCAUGAAGUUGUCCACCCCCCUUUCAAUUCCUGGAUCCGGAGAGAGAUAUUAUCCUA